CGGCCGACGCAGGCAGAAGCGGGCGUCGCGCGGACUGCCGGUCGGCGCCGCGCGGAGCUGGCCGCGGGAUUGGCUGCGGUACUCGCGUGUCAGGCGGUUGCUAGGCUCCGGCCGCGCGCCCCGCCCUCGCGCUCGGCGCCCUCUCACUGCCCGGUACGUGCUCGCGCGGAGGCUGCGGUGCGGCGCUCGCGGUCCUCGGGCUCCGCGGCGGUAGCGUCGGCGGCAGCUUUGCGCUGAGUCCCCAGGGAGCGGUGGUGGCGGCAGCGUCUUGCGGCCAGGAGGAGCGAGCACCUGCCGCGGCCCGCCCGCCGGCGCUCGGCCUGAGCUCACUCUUGCUGCAAAUCUGAGGCCAUAUUUGGAGAGGCAGGCCUGCUGCUCCCAAGGGUGGCUGAGUGCCUGGUCACAGGAAGCUGGGCACGCCCUGCAAGCCUUUCUUAUGUCCUGAAUCCACCGGCUCUGGGUGCCUGGGAUGGAGCAGGUGUGCAGAGGGUGAGGACCCCGCUCUGGGACCACGUCAUCUGCUGCCUUUCUUAGUGAGACUGUCGGCUUGAGCAGACUCAGCCCCGGAUGAGGAUGCGUGUGGGCCUGUCGCUGCUGCUCCCCCUCUGGGGGAGGACCUUUCUGCUCCUGCUCUCCGUGGCUGCGACUCAGUCCCACUGGCCCAGUGGCCCUGUGGAGUCUGUCAGGGACUGGGAGAACCAGCUGGAGGCGUCCAUGCACUCGGUGCUCACACACCUCCAGGAGGCUGUGCCCACGGUGCUUGGCAUUCCUGAUGGCACCGCUGUCGUCGGGCGCUCAUUUCGAGUGACCAUUCCAACAGAUUUAAUUGCCUCCAGUGGAGAAGUCAUCAAGCUGUCGGCUGCGGGAAAGGAGGCGCUGCCGUCCUGGCUGCAUUGGGACCCGCAGAGCCACACCCUGGAGGGCCUCCCCCUGGACACCGACAAGGGUAUGCAUUACAUCGCAGUGAGCGCUGCGCGGCUCGGGGCCAACGGGAGCCACGUGGCCCAGACCUCCAGCGUGUUCUCCAUCGAGGUCUCCCCGGAAGACCACAGUGAGCUGCCGGCCGUGCGGGCAGCGUCACCAGACCCUGGUGAGGCCGUGUCAUCUGCCUGUGCCGCCGAUGAGCCUGUGACUGUCCUGACGGUCAUUCUGGAUGCUGACCUCACCAAGAUGACCCCUAAACAAAGGCUCGACCUCCUGCACAGGAUGCAGAGCUUCUCAGAAGUGGAGCUUCACAGCAUGAAGCUGGUGCCGGUGGUGAAUAACAGGCUGUUUGACAUGUCGGCCUUCAUGGCCGGCCCAGGAAAUGCAAAAAAGGUGGUGGAGAAUGGGGCCCUGCUCUCCUGGAAGCUGGGCUGCUCCCUGAACCAGAACAGUGUGCCUGACAUUCGUGGAGUGGAGGCCCCUGCCAGGGAGGGUGCCAUGUCUGCCCAGCUUGGCUACCCUGUGGUGGGUUGGCACAUCGCCAACAAGAAGCCCCCUCUCCCCAAACGCAUCCGGAGGCAGAUCCAUGCUACACCCACGCCUGUCACUGCCAUUGGGCCCCCAACCACAGCCCUCCAGGAGCCGCCAUCCAGGAUUGUACCCACCCCCACAUCUCCAGCCAUUGCUCCUCCGACAGAGACCAUGGCUCCUCCAGUCAGGGACCCUGUUCCAGGGAAGCCCACAGUCACCACGCGGACUCGAGGUGCCAUUAUUCAGACCCCAACCCUGGGCCCCAUCCAGCCCACUCGGGUGUUGGAAGCUGGCACCACAGUUCCUGGCCAGAUCCGCCCCACGAUGACCAUUCCUGGCUAUGUGGAGCCCACGGCAGUCGCUACGCCUCCUACGACUACCACCAAGAAACCACGAGUUUCUGUGCCAAAACCAGCCACGCCUUCUACUGACUCCUCAACCACCACGACUCGAAAGCCAACCAAGAAGCCACGCACGCCCCGACCGGUGCCCCGGGUCACCACCAAAGCGCCCAUCACCAGAUUGGAAACAGCCUCCCCCCCCACUCGCAUCCGCACCACCACCAGCGGGGUGCCCCGCGGAGGGGAACCCAACCAGCGCCCAGAGCUCAAGAACCACAUCGACAAGGUGGAUGCCUGGGUUGGCACCUAUUUUGAGGUGAAGAUCCCGUCAGACACCUUCUAUGACAAGGAGGACACCACCACGGAUAAGCUGAAGCUGACCCUGAAGCUUCGAGAACAGCAGUUGGUAGGCGAGAAGUCUUGGGUACAGUUUAACAGCAACAGCCAGCUCAUGUACGGCCUACCCGACAGCAACCACGUGGGCAAGCACGAGUAUUUCAUGCACGCGACAGACAAGGGGGGCCUGUCGGCUGUGGAUGCCUUUGAGAUCCAUGUCCACAGGCGCCCACAAGGGGACAGGGCUCCUGCGCGGUUCAAGGCCAAGUUUGUGGGGGACGCAGCCCCGGUGGUGAAUGACAUCCACAAGAAGAUCACCCUGGUGAAGAAGCUGGCCUUCGCCUUUGGGGACCGCAACUGUAGCACCAUUACUCUGCAGAAUAUCACCCAGGGCUCCAUCGUGGUGGAGUGGACCAACAACACGCUGCCCCUGGAGCCCUGCCCCAAGGAGCAGAUCACAGGGCUCAGCCGGAGGAUCGCCGAGGAUGAUGGGAAACCGCGGGCCGCCUUCUCCAACGCCUUGGAGCCCGACUUCAAGGCUCUGAGCGUUGCUGUGACCGGCUCCGGUAGCUGCCGGUAUCUACAGUUUAUCCCUGUGGCACCACCCAGGAGGGUGCCCUCCGAGGCGCCACCCACGGAAGUGCCAGAUAGGGACCCUGAGAAGAGCAGCGAGGACGACGUCUACCUGCACACGGUCAUCCCGGCCGUGGUGGUGGCAGCCAUCCUGCUCAUCGCUGGCAUCAUUGCCAUGAUCUGCUAUCGCAAGAAGCGCAAGGGCAAGCUUACCCUCGAGGACCAGGCCACCUUCAUCAAGAAGGGUGUGCCUAUCAUCUUCGCAGACGAGCUGGACGACUCCAAGCCCCCGCCCUCCUCCAGCAUGCCACUUAUCCUCCAGGAGGAGAAAGCCCCUCUUCCCCCUCCCGAGUACCCCAACCAGAGCGUGCCCGAGACCACUCCUCUGAACCAGGACACCAUGGGCGAGUACACACCCCUGCGGGAUGAGGACCCCAACGCGCCUCCCUACCAGCCCCCGCCGCCCUUCACAGCCCCCAUGGAGGGCAAGGGCUCCCGUCCCAAGAACAUGACCCCAUACCGGUCGCCCCCUCCCUAUGUCCCCCCUUAACCCACAAGCGCCUAGGUGGAGGCAGGGGUAGGGCAGGGCCCUGGAGACAACACGGUGUUGUCUGUGGAGACCAGUGGCCUGCAGACCACCGCCCACUGGGAGCCGACGCCUGACCUAGCACACACUGACGCGGGGCCUGGACUAGCCCGCCCUCUCCGGGCCUCCUACUCCCCAAAGCAGCUGGAGAGACUUUGGGGACAUUUUUACUUUUAGUUUUUGCCUAACAGCUUUUUGUUUGUUCAUAGAAAAUUCUUCGCUGCGUUUUUGAUGGCUGGCUGGCUCUGAAAGCACCGUUUGGAGUAGAGGUAGAUGGAGGGAGCGAGGAACCGUGAAUGAACUCGCAGGCAGUGCUGGGUGGCCUCCCGGCUCUCUGCGUUUUGCCUUUAACACUAACUGUACUGUUUUUUCUAUUCACGUGUGUCUAGCUGCAGGAUGUAACAUGGAAAACAGUAGCUAAAGAUUAAAUUCAAAGGACUUUCUUAAGGUUAAGUUUUUACAUUUAAUCUGCUGUUUACCUAAACUUGUAUGUAUGAUUUUUGGGUGGGUAUGGGAAAUUGCUUUGCUAAAAAUAAGCUCCCAGGGUGUUUCAAACUUAGAGAAGACCAAGGGACAGUAUUUUUUAUCAAAGGAAUCCUAUUUUUUCACACUACGUAAACUUGGUUGCUCUGAUCCCCCAGAGCCGGACUGGGGGCCUCCCGGCCCUGGCUCGGGUCAGGGCCCUGGUGCUGGGCUUGCUCUCCUGCUGUAGCCAGUGGCUGGAAGCUGGAGGGGCCUCUUGGGCCGUGGACAUCCACACCCCACCCCAUGCGCGCUAGUGGCUCACCACCCAGGGGUCUUCCUUUUCCUGGAAAGGCGACUCCAAGAGGCAGUGGUGGCCGUGGCCCCCAACCUAGGUGCUCCAGGGUGGGCUAGCUGUUCAUGGGGUACGGGGGAGGUCGAGGGCCUCGACCUCAUCAACCUAGUUUCUUUUAUCCUUCUUCUGUGUGGUUUUUUUCCUCCCUCCUAAAAGGAAUACCAUGGUUUUUGAAACACUCAGUGGGGGACAUUUUGGUGAAGAUGCAAUAUUUUUAUGUCAUGUGAUGCUCUUUCCUCACUUGACCUUGGCCGCUUUGUCCCAACAGUCCACAGCCCCACCCUGACCCCCCACCCCCACCCCUCUUCUGGCACUCCAGUCCCAGGCCUUGGGCCUGAACAGCUGGGAAAGGUCUGGUGGCUGUGGAGGCGUGCCAGCAAUAGUUCAUAGUAAAAAUCUGUGGGCUCUCAAAGCUAAUUUUUUACUAAAGUUUUUAUACAGCCUCAAAUUGUUUUAUUAAAAAAAAGAUUAAAAAUGGUGAUGCUUACAGCAGUUUGUACAAGCUCUUAGUGUUGAUUCCAUGGAACUGACGGCUUUGCUCAUUUUGAUUCCCCCCCCUUCCUAAUGGUUUAAAUUCUGGAAUUACAUUGGGGCUUCUUUUGCCUUUUUUAGCAGACCGUCCGUCUGCCCAUCUGCAUCUGGCCCAUGACUCAGGGGCACUCACUCUUUGAUUCUCCUCCUUUGGAAGAAACCAUUUUGAGCAUGACUUUUUUCUUGAUGUCUGAGAGUUAUUUGGGGUACCUUUUAGGGAGGAAUGCCUUUCGCAAUAAUGUAUCCCUUUUGUGACAAGAGGGGUGGGUGGGCCCAGGCUCCCUUUGCACACCUAGCAGCCAAUUCUAAGCCAUAUAGACCUUCUUGCAGAGCAUUCGUGUGUGCUGCCUCAGGAGGGGAGGGCUGGUCAGAGGCCCCGCCUCUCUCCCCUGCCCAGCAUCUGGUGCGCAUGCCCCUGUGGGGGGAGCCUGUAGAUGAGGGCUCAGUGGACCUUUGGGGACUGGGCCUCGUGCCUCCGAGCCCUGAUCCACGCUGGACUUUCCCCAGUGUCCCAGAGUCAGGAGCACAGGCCGCUUCUGACCUGGUGAGAUGAUCUGUGAUGACCUCGUCAAAAAAGAAGCAAUUCCCAAUGUUCCAGGUGAGGGCGCUGAAAGGCUUUCCAAACAGCUGUUGCCCCUAGCAACCCCACCAUGGGGCACUGCCAUGCAGAGAGACGUGGGCUGGCCCAGAAUGGCCUGUUGCCAUAGCAACUGGAGGCGCCAGGGCAGUGAACAGAAUAACAACAGCAACAAUGCCCUUGCGGGAGGCGUGAUGGCCACUGGACUCUGUGAGACAGCCAAUCUCACAUUCAAGUGUUCACCAACCACUGACGUGUUUUUAUUUCCUUCUAUAUGAUUUUAAGAUGUGUUUUCUGCAUUCUGUAUAGAAACAUAUCAAACUAAAUAAAAGCAGUGUCUUUAU